AGAGCCUGCAGUGCCUGAUCGCACCAACCCAAAAGAUCCAUAAGAUGCAGUAGUAAACUCUUAGCUUGCACAGGGAGGAGAAAAGGGACUGAACUACACGAGAGUAAGAGCAGAACACCUGCACUGGACAAGUGAGCAGGGGUCAAAUUCUAACAUAGAUACAGAGGAGGGAAAAAAAUCACCUUCAGCAGAGCACCAGCUGGUCCCGAGCUUGAAAGCAGCAGAGAGGAGACAGAAGAGGUGCUGAGCGGCAAAAAGAAGCAGAGAAAAGUGACUGGAAUGAUAAGAUGAGGAGCAGGCCUGCGCUGUUGAAGCUUUUUUUUAAUGAGGCCCUCCUGGAGCUCGUGCUUGUGCUGUGGCUUGGGCUUCGUGUCCUGGCUGUGUGCCCCUCCAUGUGCUCCUGCAGCCGCAGCCACAGAGAGGUGGACUGCUACCGGAAGAAUCUGAAAGAGCUCCCCGAUGGUUUGCAGCAUAACAUCCUCUCUCUCAAUCUGUCCCACAACCGACUUCUCCACCUGGACGGGAGGCUCACCUCAUAUACCCAUCUCCGCAUCCUGGAUUUGUCCCACAACAGGCUGAGCCACCUGCCCAAAGCCCUUCCUCGGUCCCUCUGGGAGCUCCACGCCUCCUCCAACCGCAUCCAGCUGUUGGACAAGAAUGACACGGUCUACCAGUGGAACCUGCAGACACUCGACCUCUCGAGCAACAAGCUAGAAAGGGCCAUCUUCAUCAAUAAUACACUGACUAAUUUGUGUGCUCUCAACCUUAGCCACAAUUACUUCUGGACUUUGCCCACCAACCUGCCUGCACACCUGGAGACCAUCGAUCUGUCCCACAACCUGCUUGUGAAGGUGCUGCCAGGUUCUCUUGACAGGCUCCCAAGGUUAUCUCACUUGUACCUACAUGCUAACCGCUUCUCCUCACUACCCUCUGGAGUUUUGGACAAGAUGGUUUCCCUCAGAGUUAUCACUCUGGGCAGCAACCCUUGGGCCUGCCACCUUUAUGUUGAUGUAGACUACUUACAGUCUUGGACUCAGAGCACCUCUGUGCUUGUCCUCGGCUGCCCCUGCCACACUCAGCCUGUGUGUGGAGGGAUGCGCCCCAGCAGGACUGGAGGUUGGCACUUUGGCUCCUUUGCUCUGCCUCCUCUGGCAGUCGGUAACCCAGACCUGAGCUCCAUCUCCCCUGAAGAAAGCAUCACACCGUGGUACUGGUCUGUUUCUGCUCUGCAAACCUCACCUCAAACCCUCAGAGAGGCUCUAAACACACUGCACGAUGCCUUCACAGAAACGCCCAUCAGCAUUUCCACCAUAGCAAUUAAUCACCUGGCUGGACCUAGCAGCCGGGAGAACAUAGAUCAUCUCAUCCCAGGCACAAAGGAAACUUCAGCCUCAGACUCUCACCACACGGAAGACUUACCCCAUUUCUCUGACAAAAGUCUUAUUACUGAUACGUCUAAAGGAAACGGCAUGGAGCUGGCUUCUGAUCGAUUCUUUAUAACUGAGGCCUCCUCCAUUCAAACAAAGAGGACAGCCACUCUCCGCACUAGAAGCGUGAGGAGACAGAAUCAGUCGCCUUCUGGUGGUAUCAGAAACAGCAGCCCAUACCUUGCUGCAGCCUGCUCCUUACUCUGUGUCUUUCACAACUUGAUGCUUCUGUCUCUCGUUUUGCCUCAAGUCUUCUGACAGCUGGCGUAAAGAGAUGAGGCAAAGUGUGAAUUUAUGGCAAAAACUGAAUAAAGCACGAGAGGGAUGACAGUGGAACAAUUGUUACAUCCAUAGAAGCCAUGUUUCCAGAAAAAAAGCAGACAAAAAAACAUCUUUAACCAAAUGUUUUGAUUACACACAGUUCACACUAUGCCAGCAAAUUUGAUUUAAAGAAGAUGGAACAGUUUCUCUCUCCAUUUCUUUAUCUCAACAUCCUUCAUAUUUUCUUCACUCGUGCAACUACUAGAUGUGUUUAGCAUUAUUUCUAAAACUGACACACAAAAAGACACACAAGUCAAACUAACACUUAGGUGCAGCAUUUAUUUAAACUCUUACCAUUUGUCAUUUUACAACCACAAACAUCCAUGUAUUUUACUAGGAAUCUUUUUGUUGAUGUGGAGUUUGCAUGCAUAUAAAUCCAGCCCUGCUGAGUCACCUUUUCAUAAAACAACCUUUCUCUGCAGUUGCAACUGCAAGUCAUUUGUUGUAUGUCUCCACCAGAAUUGUGGCUCUAGAUACUGAAAUAUUUUCCCAUUAUUCUUUGCAAAGUCAGACUGGAUGGUUAGCGUCUGUGAACAACAACCACCUGAAGAAAUGCAUCCCCACAGCAUAAUGCGGCCACCACCAUAUGUUUGUUGAGGGUGCAGUGCAGAGCAAGUAGGUCUCUUGUUUCAUAUGUGUACAGUGUCCCCUACAAGAGCUUUAAACAGUGUUUUCUUUAGUAAGGAUGAGAUUUGUAGAGUGCACAACUAAUAAUUGUCAACAAAUUCUCCCACCUGAGCUAUGGAUCUGUGCAGCUUCUCCAGAGUUACUAUGGGCCUCUUGGCUCCUUCUGUGGUAAAUGGCUUGGCUGAACUGUACAUUUAUGUGGACAGUCAUCAGUCUGUAGGUGUACAAUUGGAUAAAACAGUGAUGAUUGGGAAACCUAAACUAACCUUGCACUUGUCUCCUGAAUGCAUUGUCAUGUCACAAUUGUCAGAUAAUGUUAAAGUCCAGGUGUGAUUUCCACUUCACAAUAAUGAAUACUUCUCUUGGUUCAUAACAUAAAACCCCAUAGAAAACAUUAAGGUUUGUGGUUAGAACAUGACAAAAUGUGAACAAGUUCAAGAUGUGUGAGUAAUUGUGGAAGACACCUCAUAUCGUCACAUUUAUUGAUCAAGAACAAAUCCUUCAACAUUAACUGUGCCUUUACAACAAUGUGCCAUCUUCAUGACACCGCUGAUGUUGGGUUGUAAAUGGUUUGCUCAUGAGACAUUUACAGUUACAUCUCAUCAUUCACCCUGAGAGUCUCAUUUAUGGAUUACCUUAAAAAUUCUGGAAACUUUCAACAAACUACAAAGACGUUUUACAGUUCAGUUCAUCGUCAACUAAUCUCUGAAAGUCAACCUGGGUCCUGUGAAACCUCCAACAGUUUGGAGUUUUUUAUUUGGAAUCUGAACCAAAUUUAAUGAUGGAAGUGUUAUUAAACCCAAGCAGAAUAACACCAGAAAAUUAAUGCAAGAGGGCCUAGAGUUCGUGGCCAAUCUGCAUCAGCUUUUCAGCCUCAUUAGCUCUGUUUGUGAUGAAUGCUUCUCUCUUUUUGCAGUUUUACAUGAUGAAAACCCAGAUCUUCUCUUAUGAUCCCUCCCUAUUCUUUCCUUUUCUUUUUUCCCAAAGACUGUCCCUCUCUGGAGCACUAAUUUCUUCCACGUUUUAAACUGCAUCCUCUCCUAGAAAGAGAAUUACACCCCUCAGCUUUAAUGCCUUCUAGAUAUAAAAAUAAUUGUAUUAUAUGUAAAAAAAAAAAAAAAAAUGGCUCAACAUUUCCAAUGCUGAUUUUUUUAAAGCUCCUUCUUGAAAGUUAGUGACGAACACAGAACAAGAAGAAUGUAAUGAAUAAAGCUAAGCACAUGAUGGCACCAUACAUUCAGCAAACAGUUUGCUGUGGCGCUGAAUCCCUUGACUUUCUACCACAGCUAGCUGAGGAGCUUUUUGUAACACCUGUGGUCCACAUUAGAUUUUCAGUCUCAUUUUUAUUUUUCUCACUUCUUUAAAUGAUUCUCACUUGACUGAUUUCUUUUUGAAUUGCACAUUUUGGGAGUUUCCUUUUUUAUAUAAAAAUACACUUCUUUCUUUGGUUGUAAAGAUUCAUGAAAUGCAUUGUUUUUUAAUUAAAAAACCAGGGACAUCCCUAGUCCCCGUGUUUUUUCUAACUUAUUUGAUCAUUCUGUGAAGGAGCAAUCUUGUCCCCAGGCAGGAUGUGUACAUUUGUCAUGACAUAAGCGUAACAGGAAGCAACAGAGACUCUGUGGAGCAGAGGGCAAACAAACGGACAAUCUAUCUAAUGAACCGAAUACCACUUGCGUAUUUUGAUCACAUCUCAGACUUAAGUGUCCUUCAUGACUCACUGACGCUCGUGAAAAUCAUCUGCAUGGUGACUGAACUUCCUGGUGUUCUCCUGCAGAGCAUUAAAGCGCAGUUGUUUUUUUCCUGUAGAAUGCUAAGAUAUUCAAAUCCUCCUGAUUGCAUUAAACAGCUGUGAUGCACCACUCUGCAGAUUUCUUGCAAUUUACUGUAUCAUUUGCAUAAAAAAGAAUAAGUUGCCAGACUAAUAAAGCAUGCAUCAUACC